AUGUUCAACCGCAACAAUUACUCAAAUCCUUUCGGGUCUAACCCUCCGCAACGAGAUGGUUACUCGCGAACCCCGCAGGGCUACCCGCCUCAGCAUGGAGCGCCGGAUGUAGGGGGAUACGGAACGCCGUCGCCGCAACGACGACCCACGCCAGGUGGUGGUGGCCGUCCGCCUGUACAAGCUACGAUGGGCGGGGGGAAAACGGAGGGCUCCUGGGUUCUGUCGCCUAAAGAAAGCCCGAACAAAGAGUGUCAAUUUGGAAAUCUAGUCGCUGUCUCGACGCAGGAUUUCCCCCGAGCCCGGUUCGGACACGAAGAUAUCCACAUCAUUGUCAAAGGUCAAUAUGUAUUCUCUGCGCGCCUGUUUGAUGAGUUUCCGGCGGGAUUCAUCGGUCUAUCCAGCAUCCAGCGACCUUGGGCUAAAGCCGGGCUUCGUGACACCCUCGAUGUACAGAUAUUCGAUCCAUUCCGCCAAGGUGGAGGAGCAUACAUUGGGUCUUUGGAUGUCGAGGUCAAGUUCGCGGGCAGAUCGAGAACAGAUGCCUUGUAUGACCAGGAUGAACUUGCUAGUACAGUAAUAAGGGUAAGCUAA